CCAAAACCAACAACAACAAAAAAACCCUCACCCCAUCAACUUUCUCUUUAACGCUCCGGAAAAAAAACCGAAAACCCUAACUUCCUCUCGAGUAAAUCCUCUUCUCUCCAUCUCUCGUUGAAUCGACCUUUCCUUUUAAGUUUGAUGGAUUUUUACAUGAAUUUCUAGGUUUUCAAUGGUGUGAAAUCGGGGCCUUAGACUCAGAUUUAAAGGAUCUGUUUCUGUAUAUUUAGGGUCAUAUAUAUUCUUUAUAGAGAGGGAAAAAAGAUAUGGCGGUAUCUGAGAAAGAGCUGGAGCUACAGUUAAUGGAGGCUGGAAACAGGCUCGCUGAACCCGCUUCAUCAGUUGAUGAGCUCAUCCCUCUCCUUGACCAAGUUGAAAGUUGUCUUUCAAGGGUGGAACAAUCACCAAGCCAAUCAAUGCAAAAUGCACUGUCUCCGUCACUUAAAGCAUUGAUCGCAGAGCACCUUUUCAGGCAUCCUGAUGAUGAUGUCAAAGUUGCAGUGGCCGCUUGCAUCAGCGAGAUAACAAGGAUAACCGCACCUGAUGCCCCUUAUGAUGAUGACCAAAUGAGGGAGGUUUUUCAACUGAUUGUGUCAUCCUUUGAGAAUUUAUCUGACAAAUGCAGCCUCUCAUACAUUAAGAGGACCUCAAUUCUUGAAACUGUUGCCAAAGUCAGAUCAUGUGUGGUGAUGUUGGAUCUUGAAUGUGAUGAUCUUAUUGUUGAGAUGUUCCAACAUUUCCUUAAGGCAAUAAGGGAUUAUCACCCGCAGUCCAUCUUUACAUCAAUGGUGACUAUUAUGAGCCUUGUACUGGAAGAAAGUGAAGACAUCCCUAUGGAACUGCUCUCCCCAAUCUUAGCUAGUGUAAAGAUAGAUAAUGAGGAAAUUCUUCCUGUUGCUCGGAGGCUGGCUGAGAAAGUGCUCAAGAACUGUGCAUCAAAGCUUCGACCUUACCUUACCCAAGCUGUAGAGAACUUGGGAAUUUCUUAUGAUGAUUAUAGUAGUGUAAUUGCUUCUGUAUGUCAAGUGACAGCUCAUGCUGUGAACUCGAAUGAUGCCGCCUCUGGAAAACAUGUGGAUGACGAGAGCAUACUGGUGGAGACACCUUUGGAGAAGGCAGCCCAGAUUCCUGAACAGGCAGUUUCAACUGAACCAGUGGAUCCUGCAAACGAAAAAUCUCCCAAGGAAGUUGUUUGUAAUGGCAUUUUGCGAACUGCUGAAGAUGACUCGUUGGCUGAUUUGAACUCUGUAAAGAAGGAAGAGGGUGACCAUAUUGCUGAUAAGUCCAAGAAUGAAACACCACCUGUUGCUGAACCAAAUAUAUCAAAAGCUGAGGAAGUAGUCAAUUCAGAUCCUACAUUAGAGCAAAAUACCCAUGAAAAGGGGAGGAAAUCUGAUUCAAAAUUAACUGAACCUUCUGACAGCUCCCAUGUUGAUGAGAAGGCAGUUGAUACCUCAAAAGAUCAAAAAAAUGACAGCAAGGAUGAUGUUGGUUCACCUCGUCUGUCUGUUGGUGGGGCUGUAUCCUCUGAAAAUAGAAGAGAGACAGAUGUUCAGCAUUCCUCUCAAAAAGCAACUGAGGAAGAAUUGAAUGAUGUAGCAUCCCCAACUCCAAGUGGGACUGAUAGUCAUUCCACAAGGGCAGCAAGGCCAAAAAGGAAAGAGAGCGUGAGCAAGGAAACCACAUCCUCUGUUGAUGAUGUUUCUAAAGCGACAAGUGAUUCGGAAACAAAAACAAAUAGACGAUCAGGGAAAGAGAUUGCUACUGUAGUUUCCAGCGAGGAUAAUCCUCCAAUUGAUGUAGAUGAAACUAAGAAAGAAAGUGACACUGCAAGUGAUUCAGAGGCAAAAUCGUUGAAGAAAUCAUCAAAGAAGGUAGACUCGAUGAAUCCACUUCGAGACAAUUGUCUGAUAAGAAAAGGAGAGGUCGAGGAAAAGUAUCUGAGAAGGAUAGAACGAAAACCUCAACCAAGAAUGACGACGAGCUUUAUGAUUUAUUUGUUUAGCUUGAAGCCAAACAAACAUGAUUCUCGCAUGGAGGAGACCCCUAAGACAAAAUCCAAGAGAAAGAAUACCCCAAGUAAAGAAAAAGCUUCUGAUUCUAUGGAGUAUGGUGAGAAUCUCGUUGGCUUGAAGGUGAAGGUCUGGUGGCCCAAAGACCGUGAGUUCUAUGAAGGUUUUAUCCAUUCAUUUGAUCCCUCUAAAAAGAAGCACAAGGUGCACUAUAAUGAUGGUGAUCAAGAAAUUUUAAAUCUUAAGAGAGAGAAGUGGGCGGUGAUUGAAGAUGAAUCUGGGUCUGAUGAGGAAGCCGCAGCUAUUCAUUCAAGUCCUGAUGUUUCAUCUGACAUGCCUCAAAAGAAGAAAGCAAAAACAGCUGAUCUCUCUAGCAAGAAAGCUAAGAUGGAUGCUACACCAAAAAGGGGUGGAGGAACUUGGACUGGGAAAUCCAAGGGUGCGGGCACAAAUUCUGGUCGCAAAACAAAGGAUGAUGCUAAAAUGGAUGUCAAAUCCAAAGAUGGCUCCAAGAGUGUCGGUAAAUCAGACAAGGACAGUGUUGCUAAAUCCAAGGAUCAUACCCCUAAAACUGGUGAUAAAUCAGUUGACAUCGCUUCAAAAGUAGGUAAGAAGUCCAAGAAUGAGGACAGUGGUGAUACACUGAAGUCCAUGAAAUCCAAGAAUGAAGGAAGUGCCACACCAAAAGCUUCCACAAGGUUACAAGACACUUCAAAGACAGCCAAGUCCAAGCAGGAAACCCCAAAAGGUUCCUCCCUUUCUAAGGGCAAACCUCUUAAAAGUGGUGGCAAAUCCAGUGCUCAUGGCACUGGCAAGUCAAAUUCCGAUUCAUCAAAGGUGAAAGAAAGUGAAAGCACGAAAGAGAACUCAACGGAUUCAGAAAAGGUUGUGGGAAGUGUGAAGCGGAAAGCAUCAAGUUUGCCGAAGUCACAGGGAAGUGAUUCCAGGUCUGGAAAAAAGCAGCGAAGAUGAGCUUAAAAUAGCAUUAACUGCAUCGUCACUGCCAAGGGUUGGUUCUUGUCCAAUGUGGAACUUGAUGGAACCUCAAGAGCACUAUUGCAGGCAGUCUUUAGACGUACGGGUGCUGGGCCAUGCAAUUGGUCUUUCACAUAGUUAGGUUUCUGGGUAGCAAAUAUUGAUAAGGUAGCGUUUGUAGGGUUUGUGUUUCUCUUAUUGUUAGUGCACGCCUUAGGAUUACAUUGGGUUUACCUUUUUUGUCUUGUACCAAAGAGUUGCUUCUAUAGAUUAACGUAAUAGAUUCGAGAAACUUGUGGAAGCAGUGGUCGUGUAUCAUCUAUUCAACCCCAAGCUUCACGCACUCUUUUUUUCCUUUAAUGAUUGCCUCUUUAUUUGGUUGGUAGCAC